UGCCUCUCGCCCGCUCCUGCUGCCCUCUGCCGCUGUCAGCUCCGGACUGCCUGACUGACGCCGUAACGCAGCCACUCCGGCCUCCGCCACCGCUUGGCGCCUCGCUGCCUUUUCCGACCUGUGACUGCUGACUUUCUUCCCCUCUUCGUUCAUUUUGAAGUUUUCGAGUGGAAAAAGUUCAAGUUUAUUUGAGUUUUGGAGCCCUAAGAAGGAGUAGCAUCCAAGUAAUAUUUGUUUUGAUCUAAGAUCGUGAAAGACUUGUGUAAAGAUGGCAAAUUCAUCCAUACCUGGUAUCCUGGAGAAGAUGACAGGGAAGGAUAAAGAUUACAGAUAUAUGGCAACUUCUGAUCUGUUAAAUGAAUUAAACAAAGAGGGCUUUAAACUUGACAAUGACCUUGAGUUGAGAUUGUCCAAUAUUGUUCUACAGCAGCUUGAUGAUGCAGCUGGCGAUGUGUCUGGAUUGGCUGUUAAAUGUCUUGCUCCUCUGGUGAAGAAAAUACACGAGGCACAGGUACUGGAAAUGACUGAUAAGCUAUGUGAUAAAUUGCUGAAUGGGAAAGAUCAGCAUCGUGACAUUGCAAGCAUAGCCCUGAAGACAAUUUUUUCUGAAGUCCCUACCUCGUCAGUUGCACAAUCUGUUCUCAUUUCAGUUUCUCCAAAGUUGAUAGGAGGAAUAACAAAUCCUGCAAUGAAGACAGACAUAAAGUGUGAAUGCCUUGAUAUCUUAAGUGACAUCCUGCAUAAAUUUGGAAAUCUGAUGACAUCAGAUCAUGAAGUGCUGUUAGGUGCGCUAUUGCCUCAAUUAAGUUCCAAUCAAGCCAGUGUUAGAAAGAAGACUGUAUCUUGUAUUGCUUCUCUGGCUUCAAGCCUGUCAGAUGACUUGUUAGCAAAGGCUACAAUUGCAGUUGUUCGGCUUUUACAAAACAAGGGAACUAAACCUGAAAUGACUCGUACAAACAUUCAGAUGAUUGGGGCUUUGAGCCGUGCCGUGGGUUAUCGGUUUGGUCCACAUCUUGGAGAUACGGUUCCAAUUCUAAUUCAAUAUUGCAUGAAUGCAUCAGAGAAUGAUGAGGAGCUUCGUGAAUAUAGCUUACAGGCUCUGGAAAGUUUUCUACUUAGAUGCCCCAGGGACAUUUUCUCUUACUGUAAUGAGAUUCUACAACUUACUUUGGAAUAUCUUAGUUAUGAUCCCAAUUUCACUGAUAACAUGGAAGAGGACACUGAUGAUGAAAUCCAUGAUGAGGAUGACGAUGAUGAUAGUGCCAAUGAAUAUACAGAUGAUGAGGAUGUCAGCUGGAAAGUUCGAAGAGCUGCUGCAAAGUGCCUGGCAGCACUAAUUGUUUCUCGUCCCGAGAUGCUGUCAAAUCUAUAUGAUGAGGCUUGUCCAAAGUUGAUUGACAGGUUUAAAGAGAGGGAAGAAAAUGUCAAGAUGGAUGUUUUUAACACUUUCAUUGAGUUGCUGCGUCAAACAGGAAAUGUCACAAAGGGGCAGAUUGACAUUGAUAAAUUAAGCCCCAGAUGGUCAUUGAAGCAAGAAGUACCCAAGGUUGUUAAAUCUAUUAAUAGACAGCUGCGUGAAAAGUCUAUCAAGACAAAGAUUGGUGCCUUCUCGGUUCUAAAAGAACUUGUUGUUGUUUUGCCUGACUGCCUUGCCGACCACAUUGGAUCACUCAUUCCUGGAAUAGAGAAAGCACUUUGUGAAAAAUCCUCAACCUCAAAUCUGAAGAUCGAGGCUCUUAUCUUUACGAGAUUAGUUUUAGCUUCUCAUUCACCAGCUGUUUUCCACCCAUACAUUAAGGCUAUUUCUGCUCCGGUAUUAUCUGCUGUCGGUGAACGUUAUUACAAAGUUACUGCUGAGGCACUGAGAGUAUGUGGGGAACUUGUUCGAGUUGUGCGCCCAAACAUCAAGGUUUCUGAUUUUGAUUUCAAACCUUAUGUCCAUCCAAUAUAUAAUGCCAUCAUGUCACGUUUGACAAACCAAGAUCAAGACCAGGAGGUUAAGGAAUGUGCUAUUUCUUGUAUGGGGCUUCUUGUUUCUACAUUUGGCGAUCACCUCACAGCAGAUUUACCUGCAUGCCUUCCUGUUCUGGUGGACCGAAUGGGAAAUGAGAUAACCCGACUUACUGCUGUAAAGGCUUUUGCAGUCAUAGCUGCAUCUCCACUGCACCUAGAUCUUUCUUGUGUUCUAGAGCAUGUUAUUGUGGAAUUAACUGCAUUCCUGCGGAAGGCUAAUCGAGCAUUAAGACAGGCGACACUGGGUACUUUAAAUACACUAAUUGUUGCCUAUGGUGAUAAAAUUGGUUCUGCUGCUUAUGAAGUUAUCAUUGUGGAACUUUCAACUUUGAUCAGUGAUUCAGACUUGCAUAUGACGGCGCUUGCGCUGGAACUCUGCUGUACCUUGAUGUCAGACAGGAGGUCUGGUCCAAGUGUAGGUUUGACUGUCAGAAAUAAAGUUCUUCCCCAGGCUCUGGCUUUAGUCAAAAGUUCAUUGCUUCAAGGACAGGCCCUCUUGGCUCUGCAAAACUUUUUUGCUACUCUGGUUUACUCUGCAAACACGAGUUUUGAUGUUCUGCUGGAAUCUCUUCUUUCAACUGCUAAACCAUCUCCUCAAUCUGGCGGUAUUGCAAAACAAGCUUUGUUUUCCAUAGCGCAAUGUGUUGCUGUACUUUGCCUUGCUGCAGGUGACCAAAAAUGUUCAUCUACGGUAAAGAUGCUCACAGAGAUUUUGAAAGAUGAUAGCAGUACUAACUCGGCCAAACAACACCUUGCCUUGCUAUGUUUGGGUGAAAUUGGUAGAAGAAAAGAUUUGAGCUCUCAUGCACACAUAGAGAACAUAGUUAUUGAAUCCUUUCAAUCUCCCUUUGAAGAGAUAAAAUCAGCGGCCUCUUAUGCACUUGGCAAUAUUGCUGUUGGAAAUCUUCCCAAGUACUUGCCAUUUAUCUUGAACCAGAUCGAUAACCAGCAGAAAAAGCAGUAUCUGUUGCUCCAUUCUUUGAAAGAGGUUAUUGUGAGACAAUCUGUUGAUAAAGCAGAAUUUCAAGAUUCUAGUGUUGAAAAGAUACUCAACUUGCUAUUCAACCACUGCGAAAGUGAGGAAGAGGGUGUCCGAAAUGUGGUAGCAGAGUGUCUGGGAAAGAUUGCUCUGAUUAAGCCUUCAAAACUUGUUCCUGCUCUCAAGGAGCGAACAACUAGUCCUGCUGCAUUCACCAGAGCAACAGUUGUUGUUGCUGUGAAGUAUUCUAUAGUUGAACGACCAGAGAAGAUCGAUUCAGUCCUGUACCCGGAGAUUUCCUCGUUUCUUAUGCUUAUCAAGGAUCAGGAUCGGCAUGUUAGGCGAGCAGCUGUUUUGGCUUUAAGUAUAGCUGGCCACAACAAGCCAAACCUCAUCAAAAGUCUUCUUCCGGAGCUUUUACCACUUCUUUAUGAUCAGACAGUAAUUAAGAAAGAACUGAUUAGAACGGUCGAUCUUGGUCCUUUUAAGCAUACAGUUGACGAUGGUCUUGAGUUGAGGAAAGCAGCUUUUGAAUGUGUAGAUACAUUGCUUGAUAAUUGCCUUGAUCAGUUGAACCCUUCAUCUUUCAUUGUGCCUUACCUAAAAUCUGGUCUUGAUGAUCAUUAUGAUGUUAAGAUGCCUUGCCAUCUUAUCCUUUCAAAACUUGCCGAUAAGUGUCCUUCGGCUGUCUUAGCAGUUUUAGAUUCAUUGGUGGACCCUCUCCAGAAAACUGUUAACUUCAAGCCGAAACAAGAUGCUGUAAAGCAAGAAGUUGAUCGCAAUGAAGACAUGAUUCGGAGUGCACUUAGAGCUGUUGCAUCUUUAAAUCGCAUCAGUGGAGGAGAUUGCAGCCAUAAGUUCAAGAAUCUGAUGGCUGAAAUAGCGAAAUCACAGUCGCUGUGGGAGAAAUAUUGCUCCAUUCGCAACGAGUGAAGAAGAUUGGAAUGUAUGUUUGUUUUUGUUGGAGACUACUUGUCUGGUAUAGGGAGGGUAGAUGCUAGAUUUAUUUUAUUGCCAUGGUUUUCUCACCUUGAAAUAGAGGGUACUGUUAUUUUUUGGUUGUAAACUGGGUUUAAUGGAAAGAAAAAUGCUACAUAACAUUAAUGUUGC